GUCUGGUUUUUGUACUCGAGGUGUUUUCCAGCCAUUUUGAGCCGUCAAUGAGGAUAUUAUUGUUUGAUAAUUGCGAACCACUGAUGGCUUAGGCUGAAAGAGCUCGUCUGGCUUCUCUGAAAGGGACGUGAAACAUGUUCGACAUUCUUGUGUUUCAAUGGAGGGGCCAAGAAUGAAACAGGAGAAGGAAAAGCCUGGGAAAACAGUGAGGUUCAGGGUAGCGUCUGCCAACAGCGGCCGGGUCUUGGCGGAGGUGUUCAAGGAUGAGAGGGUCUGGUGCGGCUCGGUGUCCGACUCGGUGGACUCCGACGGCACCAGCAGCCCGGAGGCUGAGCAGGGCGGCCCGGUGCCCGCCAGCGAGGCCAACAGCCACCUGAACGGCCUGCAGGUGGAGGCCGCCGCUGCCGAGAACGGCUGCGAACCCGAUGACCUGCUUUUGUACGCCAGUGCCAAGAGGGAGAUGUUCUUCAGCAACAAGAGGAUCAACAUCUGCAGCAAGAACGGGACCAUACGAGGAGUGAGGAACAAAGUGAGCGCAGGCCAGGUGCUUUUCAACAACCUGUCCAACGUGUACACUGGUUCCCUUCGUCAUCAGAAAAGGAGACCCUGGGAAAAGCAGUAACCCGUGUGGAAUUUCACACGCUGUGGCCAACAGGGAGAAAAAACCCUGAGGCUGAAGAUUGUCCUGCAGUUUUCUCUACACCAGGAUUCUUCACUUAAUUUACAGGUUAAAAACAUAUUCCUUUUUUAUUUUGAAAGCUUUACAGUGCUGUAGUCUGUGCAUGUUCUGUUCUUCAGAGCCAUCUCUCUGAUACAAACAAUGCAGCAAAUAAUGCACAACAGUGUAGUUGUCAUCAUCUGAGACCGAACAGAUAAACUUUUCACACCUGCUGCUAAACUGUUUUCCAUCCAUUUGUCUCAAUAAAGGCAAUUCUACAUAACUCAAACAGCUGAACAGCUUGAGGAGAUACUUUAAAAGGGUUCUAAAAGGGUUUUUGUAUUAUUUUUUAAGAUGCACGUUUAAUUGUGACCCAAAUUUUCACAUGAUUUUGAUAUUUGGUGGGGUCUUUUCCAUGGUGUGAAGCUGAAUUAUGUGCAUAUGUGUGUUUUUUGUAAUCAUUUUGUAACUAGACUGAAUGUGAUUCUUACUAUGUCGAACACAUAAUUCACAUAUUCUGUAAAUGUUACUGAUACAGAACUUCAUCUGACUAAAGAGGCAGAUAUAAGGCUGCUUAUCGCUGAUGUAUUGCAGCUGAUUUCAUGCUUGAUAUGUGGGUUUGGAGACACUUAGUUCAAUACAUUUCACUUGUUGUAUAACAUUACCACUACAUUACAACUACAUUUUUGAAAGCAUCGUACCUCAGUACAGUUCUGAGGCACUGAAAUUUUACUUAAGCAUUUCUAUUUUAUGCUACUUUACACUUCUACUUCACCACAUUUUAGAGACAAAUAUUGCACUUUGUUCUCCACUACAUUCAUCUUGCAGCUUUAGUUCCUUUUUACACGAUGGAUAAUAUAAGAGGCUUUUAAAAUAAAACACAUUGUUGAAGAUUAAAGAGUGGUUUCCAACUUCUUUGGCUUCUUAAAUAAAGCAGCAUGUCGUCACGAUCACAUUUCAGAUGUCUAUGAGGUGAUUUUUUACUCUAAAGUGUCUAACAUGGCUUCAUUUCAAUAAAAGUUCAGAUGAUGAAAUAUGUCAACAAAAAUCAGUUAAUUUAGAAAAAGGCCAAAAACAAGAAAUAGGUUUUUCUAUCAUAUUUUUGUUUUAAAACAAUGUGACAAGUCCUUAUCUGCUGUCCUUCUAUAUAAAACUGCAUAUUAAGUAAAUGAAUGAGCUCCACCUGCAGCACUGAUGCUUCACUAUUAAUAUUCUAAUAAUGUCAUGUAUAAUAACAUGUCAGUCAGAGAGCAGUACUCCACCAAAGCUGCUCAGUCGUUGUAUCAUUUCCGACGGAUGGAAUCUUUAAUAAAAAAUGACCUUGUGAUGAGCACAGGUGUGUGUUCUGCAUGUGUACGUUAUGUACAGAUACUGAAUCAUGUGACCUAAAUAUGUAGCAGGAACUGAUGGGACUCAGAAACACCCCCACAAUUUAAUCAGUUGUUCCUUGAAUCAUUUCUCAUGGAUAAGUCCUGAUAAGUCCUCAGCAGUGGAUUUGUAGUUGGAUCAGAAUCAUGUGAUCGUCAGCAGGCAGCUGAUGUAGUGUUCAAUUGUUGACAUGGUUACAGUGACGCUGUGCCACUAUCUGGCAGUGAUACAGAAAUCUUUAACAAAUCCAGACUAUAAUCCGCAUCACUGCCAAAAUCUAAUCACUUGGUCCUUGUGUCAUUUCUGACCUUCCCUGAAAAUUUCAUCCAAAUCCAUUAGUCUGUUUUUGAGUAAUGUUGCUGACAGACAGACAGACAGACAGACAGACAGACACCGAUUGUCACAUAACUCUUUGACGGGGUAAUAAUCUGAUUUGAGUAAAUGCAUUCAUGAUGUUUUACAGUGUAGGAUACUGAUGUUAGUAUAUUAUAUGGAAUAAAUAGCAUGUUCUGAUAAUCAGCUAAAACAACAUGCAAAUAAAAUUAAUUUGCAUGUGAGUGUGAUAAGAAAAAGGCGAUGAGGAUGCAGAUUAAGUAACUGGCAUGAAUCAUGUUAUGUUAGUGAGCAACCUUUACCAGCUGGAAGAAUGAAAGUCAAAACUGUUUAUUUUUCUAUACUUACUGACUUCACAGCUCGAAUCACAAACUCACAAACAGAACAGCAUCUUCUCUGGGUCUUUAACACUCAGUCAACCAUCAGGUAGAGCUUCUAG